AUGCAAAUCGUACCGCCCGAGAAGGAAGAGAAUAAUAAGAUAGUUUCUUGGGAUGGAGAACACGAUCCCAAGAAACCGAUGAACAUGCCUGAGCAUCGCAAGUGGAUGAUUGUCAUCUCGACCGGGUUGAUGACUUUCUGUGUCUCUUUUGCUAGUUCGGUUUUCUCAACCACGACUUUCGUUACGGCAGAGUUGUUUGGUGUUAGCAGCGAGGUCAUGAUCCUCGGUCUUUCGCUAUACGUGCUCGGCUUUGCAUUCGGACCUCUUGUUUGGGGACCGCUUUCUGAAGCCUUUGGACGUACACGACCUCUAUUCGCUGGCAUGAUCAUUUUCUGUAUCUUCCAGGUUCCUGUCGCAGUAGCUCAAAACCUGCAAACGAUCUUCAUCUGCAGAUUCCUCGGUGGUGUUGCAGGCUCUGCUCCUUUGGCAAUCAUUGGCGGUAUGUAUGUCGACUUUAUGGAACCUAUCAACCGUGGUGUGGCUACGAGCGUCUUCGCUGGAGCUGUCUUUGCAGGUCCGGUCGCUGGGCCUGUCGUAGGUUCAUUCAUCACCUACAGCUAUCUUGGCUGGAGAUGGACCGCUUGGAUCACUCUCAUCAUGUCUGCUUUCUUCACCAUCAUCGCCUACCUGUUGACUCCCGAGACCUACGAACCGGUCUUGCUUGCUUGGAAGGCCGACAAACUUCGCCAUGAGACCAAGGACUGGGCUCUGCACUCGAAAAGUGAAGAGGACCCCCUCAACUACGACACCAUUGUGAACAAGUAUCUCAUGAAGCCUCUUGUGAUGAUUGUCAAGGAGCCUAUUCUCAUCAUUUUGACUCUGUAUAUGAGUCUGGUCUACGGUAUCUUGUACUUGACGUUCGAAGCCUACCCCAUCAGCUUCGAGAUGGACCGUGGUUGGUCUCCUGGUCUUGCCUCCUUGCCUUUCAUCGCCAUCUUUAUCGGUGUCGUCCUUGCCUGUGCCAUCAUUGGUGGUUUCUCCAAGACUUGGUAUGCCAAGCGCUUGAUUGCUUCUGGCAAGCUCAACCCCGAAGAUCGUCUCCCUCCCAUGAUCGCUGGCUCCUUGAUCCUCCCUGUUGGCCUUUUCUGGUUCGCUUGGACUUCUCACCCCGACACUCACUGGGCAGCCCAAGUCGUCUCGGGUAUCUUCAUCGGCCUCGGUAUCAUCCUCAUCUUUAUGAGCGGUGUCACUUAUAUGGUUGAUGUAUACCUUCUCAACGCCAACAGUGCUAUCGCCAUCAACACUUUCAUCAGAUCUGCAGUGGCAGCUGGCUUUCCGAUGUUCGCUACAUAUCUCUAUGAUGGGCUUGGUGUCGACUGGGCCACCUCGUUGCUUGCAUUUGUUUGCAUCGCUCUCAUUCCUUUCCCCUUCGUCUUUUGGUUCUAUGGCAAGAAGAUCAGAAGCUGGAGCAAGUUUGCCUUCAACCUUGGCUAG